UUAUUCCAAAAAAACAAAAAAGAAAGAAAGUAGCAGUGAAAGACAAAAGCAGUGCCGUUAUAGUUUUUGGUGUUACUUGAUCGAUCUAACGACUUCGUCAGACCAGUCCUAUUCAGAUUCCUCCUCUCUCUCUCUCUCUCUCUCUCUGACAGGUUCGAGUUUCAACUGUAUUUGCCCAUUGAAUUUGAUCUCGUUGCUAGCUUCAGGUUCCAUGCCUUCUGUAACCUCACCUCAGUGGCAAGAUAAGGCUACUGGUUUCUUUUCUUCUUCAGGGGUCAAGCUUAAAGAAGCUAAGGAAUCAGCGGGAACAUUUGUUGGCGAGGUCACAAAGGAUACAAAGAGUAAUGUAGCUGAAGUGGCCGGGCGAGUUGGGAGGACAGUCAAAAGUCGGUGGGCACUUCUUCAGGAGCCAUCUACAAGACAUGCUGUACAGGAUCGAAUGAUAUCAGCUGCUGCUACAACUGGUGCAUUCCUAAGGAAAGGUUUGUUAGGGACAAAAGAUAAGGUGGUUGUUGGGAAAUCCAAGGUUGAAGAGGUCGCAAAGAUAACAGCACAAAAGAGUAAGACUAUCUUGACAGACAUUGAAAGAUGGCAGAAGGGAGUUGCAAGAACUGAUGUAUUUGGAGUUCCUAUUGAAGUUACAGUACAGAGGCAAGAUAGCAGCAAGCCUAUUCCUCAGAUACUAGUCAAUUGUGCAGAUUAUCUUAUAAUUUCAGGAUUGAAUCUGCCAUAUCUUUUUAAAUCUGAAGGCGACAAAAAGGCUAUUCAGCAGUUGGUUUCCCUAUACAACCAAGAUUCAACUGCCUCAGUGCCAGAAGGCUCAAAUCCUAUUGAUGUAGCAGCUCUUGUAAAAUAUUAUCUUGCUAGCCUUCCUGAACCACUGACCACAUUCGAGCUUUAUAAUGAGAUCAAGGGGGCUCGAUCCAAUAUAUAUUCCAUGAGAAACAUACUUAAGAGGCUUUCUAGUGUGAACUAUAUGACUCUGGAGUUUAUAACCGCACUUUUGCUCCGUGCUAGCCAGAAGUCACUUCUCAAUAAGAUGGAUUCUCGGAGCCUUGCAAUGGAAAUGGCACCUGUUAUCAUGUGGCAACAGGAACGUAGACCUGAAUUUUAUCGUCAAUACUGGAGUCAAAUGUCAGAAAAUCCUUCCAAACAGAGCUUGGAUCCACAACCUGGUUCAACUACCUGGGACUUGCUUUAUGAUGAUGGUGAAGCCACAGACACAUCUUCUAUUCCUUUAGAUGACGGCAUGCCAGUUGACUUUGGUGCAAUCGAGGUUGUUCAGUUGCUCAUAGAACAUCAUAAUGCAGUAUUCACGGAUGCCAAUGAGACAGUCUGGAAAUGAAUGAUCAUACUCCUUAUCUUUUAUUGAUUCUUUGGCUUGGAUAUAUUGAAUUUGGAAUAACGUUUUCCAAUCUGGACGCGAAGAUGAUAUAAGCAGCUAUGUUUAUGCUGGUGAAAGAUGUUGGAUACUGGUCUUGUUUUUGUGAUAAGGGUAUCUUAUUUUAUAGGUCUUUUACAAAUAUUAUUUUUUGGGGGGAUUGCAAAAGUAUUGUACAGCUACUAUCUACUGUUUGCAAAAAUUCUCAUCACUAAUGUGCUUUUAUUGUGGUCCUAAGCUUGAAUAUUGACAUGUGAUCUGUUUAUAAUUUUUUACAUAUGUAUGAAGGUCAAUUUGGUUACAAACAA